AGAUACCAUCCAAAUAAUAAUAAUAAUAAUAAUAAUAAACUGUCUUUCGCUCGCUCUUUUUUCUCUUCCACAAAUUUUUGCCCCUAGCGACAAUGUAAAACCCUAGUCCGCAUAAAAGAAACCCGCAGCAGCAGCAGUUCAUGGAUAUCGACUCCACCCUUACGGUGCUCCGUCAUGACGCUUUCGGUGUUCCCGCGCAUUCACCUCCUCCCCUCAUUUCCUCCCCUCCCCAGAAAGCGCCGUCUAUUCAAAGCUGCUCGAGCAUCAACAAAGGGCGUGCCGGAGAACAAUGCCGCCAUUGUGUGGUUCAAACACGAUCUCCGGACAGACGAUCACCCUGGCCUCAUUGCUGCUGUAUCCCAGCAUCGGACGGUCGUGCCGCUUUACGUCUUCGAUCGCCGCAUCCUCUCCCGUUUUCCUGAUGAAAUACUGGAGCUGGUUCUCUUUGCCUUGGAAGAUUUAAGAAAGUCACUGAAGGAUCAAGGAUCUGAUCUGCUGAUUGGGUUUGGGAGUGCAGAAGAUAUCAUACUAAAACUUGUAAAAGAGGUGAAAGCUACACAUAUAUUCACAGAAGAGGAGGUCGAGCAUGAUCUCUGUAGGAUGGUCAAUAUUGUUGAAGAAUCUUUAUCAAGUAUACCAUUUUCAUGGGGAAGCCCAGAGUUUGUAUCUUGGAACACUCCAUUUUAUGAUAUUAAGAACUUGGAGGAGCUACCUGCAUCUCACCGUGACUUUCAAAAGCUGAAAUUCCCUUUGACGAAACCGCUUGCAUCCCCUGUCUUACCUGGGCUGGAUACGGAAUUAGAUAGAGGUAUCCUACCUACAUGUGAUGAUGUAAAGAGAUACCUGAAUGAAAACCCAUGUAAAUUGGACGAGAAUUGGACUUCAAUCAAGUCAUUUUCAGCUAAAGCCAUUUUAAGGAAGGAGCACGCCAAUCGAGUAAAAAUGCCAAGCAAUCCAAUUGAAAGCUUUGAAGAGUCAAACUCAACCAGAAGUGAUGGAGCUUCGUUGAGUUCAAAAAGCACCCAAAGGAAAAGACUCGAAAGCUCUGUUUUUGUAUCAAGAAAAGGAAAUCUAGUGGGUGGUGGAACAGAUUUAGUCUUGAAUGCAUUAGCUGCUUAUUUGAGAUAUCUUGAGGGGACAGCUAGAGACGACUGGCAGGAGGUGCAUGAGAAAUUGCGUAGGGCGGAAAGUAGGGAUGGAGCUUCUUUUCGUGCUCUUUUUGGGUCUGCGCUUUAUCUGGGUAUCAUAUCCAGGAGGAGAGUACAUUACGAAGCUAUCAAGUAUGAGAAAGAACGUAAUGCUGGAUUCCUGUCUCCAUUUGGAUACUCAGCAGCCACUGUUGCAGCAGCAGUUGAUGGUGUCAGCUCAAUGGAGUGGUAUUGGCUGAUGUCCUUGAAAAGCCAAAAGAGCAAUGAAGGAAGACAUCCCAUUAGGAUAUGGAGAUGGAAUGGUUAUCUAAUUCAGUAUACAGUUGCUGGCCAUGAUGGUCCUGCCGUUCUUCUUGUCCAUGGUUUUGGUGCUUUUUUGGAGCAUUAUCGUGACAAUAUAUCUAACAUAGCUGAUGGCGGAAAACGGGUUUGGGCAAUUACGCUGUUAGGAUUUGGAAAAUCAGAGAAGCCAAACAUUGUAUAUACAGAACUUGUGUGGGCAGAACUGUUGAGAGAUUUUAUUGUUGACGUUGUGGGUGAACCUGUCCAUCUCAUUGGCAACUCCAUUGGUGGCUAUUUUGUUGCUCUUGUUGCCGGUCUUUGGCCUGUUCUGGCCAAGUCAGUUGUUCUCAUCAAUACAGCUGGUUCGGUCAUUCCAGGCUUCUCUUCUGUUCAAUGGACUGAAGCAAGACAAACUUCAGGAGCUGCAUGGCUGGGUACUCGACUCCUGUUGCUGUACUUGAGGUUAAGAGCUGGGAAUAUACUGAAGAACUGCUACCCUAUCAAUACAGAGCGAGCUGAUGAUUUUCUUAUCAAUGAAAUUCUAAGAGCUUCAUAUGAUCCUGGCGUGCUGGUAGUCCUGGAAAGUGUAUUCAACUUCAACUUGCCGAUUCCACUUAAUUAUCUCAUGGACUCAUUUGGAGGAAAGGUCUUGAUUAUACAGGGGAUAAAGGACCCGCUUUCCAAAUCCGAGUUAAGGCUGUCUUUGCUUAGGGAGCAUUGCAGCGGUACCGUGAUCAGAGAACUGGAUGCAGGGCAUUGCCCGCAUGAUGAGCAGCCACAGGAAGUGAAUUCUAUUAUACAGGAAUGGACUGUGACUGUCGAAAGUAGCCUUUGUCCUGUUCAGAUCAUUUGAUUGCAUUUUUGUAUCCUCUUCUUUUUUUUUUUUUAGGGGGUGUGGGGGCAUAAUUGUUCUGGAAAGAUGGGGAAGAAGGAGAGAAGAUGAAGAUAGCAGCAGGCUGCAUGUACCGAAAUUAUCAGAUUAAUGACACUAGUGGCAGGGUAUCUGUCCUCGUGAAAUAUU